ACGUCACGGAGCCGGUGCGUUACUUCCGGCUGAUGCGAAGUGCGAUCUGAAAAAGACUCGUACAGAAUAAACCGACUCCGGAUACUCUCCUCACAGCUGAUUCGACCAGACUCACUUGAACCUAACAGUCAGGAUGUCUACCUACGAUGAGAAUGAGUCCAAACUCAUGCGGAAGGCCAGGGAGAAUCCAUUUGUUCCAGUGGGACUGGCAGGGUUCUUCGCCAUCGUCGGGUACAGACUGAUCAAGAUGAAGAGUCGAGGAGACACGAAAAUGUCCGUGCACCUGAUCCACAUGCGAGUAGCUGCUCAGGGCUUCGUGGUGGGAGCCAUGACUCUCGGAGUCAUAUAUUCGAUGUACAGGGAUUACGUUGUAAAGCCCAGAGAACAGAAGGCGGCGGAAAACAAGUGAACCUGGCCUCCUACACUGGUUUUAUGUCCCUUAAUAUAUACCUCAUGUUAAGGUCUGUAGAGUGUAAUCUUCCCAGGUGCAUCAUAUCCUUUGUAUGGACGCACCCCGUCAGCAGCUCACCUCCUACUGUAAAUGGAUAUAACUUAUUGACUACAGUUCUUAACUUCUGAGUAGUACCCAGUUACCACUUCUGUGUUGAGAGUGAGGUUUACUGGUCUCAGCUGUUUGAACACUGGUCACUCUGUGUGGGUUUGUGGAUAUAAAACCAGCUGGUUUGAUAAGUCUGGAGGGUUUUUUUGCCUCUUAACUUGACUUUUGAGCGAGUGAAAGUAAAUUCGUUUUUUAGAAAAUGUAGCAUAUUUAAAAACAGUGAGAGCAGGUUAAGUCUGGAUUAAAAGACAACCAGAAAUAGCAGAAAGCCUGAUCAGUGUAUUUUCCUUUAUUUCUGUAUUCUUGAAUGAUCCAAUUUUUGCCAAACGAAAUGCUUGUUUGCACCGUAGCAUUUUAAAACAAAGAAAAGAAAGGCAUCUUGAGGAAGACGUUGAAAACACUGGCCUGAGCUGUCACGUUCAUAAAACUAUUAGAAGACAAGACGUUUUUUUGUCUCACCAUAGCAUCACUCCAUAAAACAUUUUUUUUAAUAAUCACAAGAAAAUCAAAAAAGAAAAAAGUAAGCACUCUUCAAACCCGUAUGUAAAAUAUAUAGUUUUGUACAUAUUGAUUGUAAAGGCCACGUCUUUUUUUCGAAUUUCUCAUGUUGUGAUGAGUCCAGUAUUUCCCAAGGUCUUUUGAGAGCUACAGUUUAAACCAACUGACAUUCAACCUACAGACUGUGCAGUUACCCAUAUGAUAUCAUGUCUGCUUAAAUAGACGCCUUGUUAAGUUAUAAAUGAAGUGGAGUUUUGAAUGUUGUGUGCAAAUACAGAAGAAAGUUAUUUUUUAAUAUUUGUUUCUUUUCUUUUUCUCUCGAAAUAAAAGUGGCCAGUCUUCUAAUUCUAAAA